GUACUAUACUAGAUGUACCUUCUGGAUAUAUGUGUGCGGUACGUAAAUGCAUCACCGUGAUAUGAUCACAUGCGUUGCCAGCGUGGCCGAUUUUGCUGCAUUGUAAUAUAGUCACUCAGCUGUGAAAGCAGACAUUUUUCGUGACUUUUCCCGUCAUUUAUUUUCCAGUAUAAUCCAAGAAGCUCAUCAAUUCUUCAUUUUGUAAAAAGUCCAGAGCCUAGGUCCAAUAUGACGCAGAUGCUGGGUGGUUGUCGGGCAUUGCGAGGACUAUUCGCGGCCGUGGUGUUGGUGGGGCUUGCUGGGCGGGACUGUUCGGCGUUCUAUCUGCCAGGCAUGGCGCCCGUCAGCUUCUGCUCGAAGGAUACCGAAGUUAGGUAUAAAACCGCGGAAAACUCUUUGGAUAGUCAGUGUAAGAGCCAAAUUGAGAUGUAUGUGAAUCGCCUGGACACAGUAGAGAGUAUCAUCCCCUAUGAUUAUGACAGGUUUGACUUCUGCCAGGUCCCGAAAACGGAAGACGUCCGUCCCGUGGAGAACCUGGGCCAGGUGGUAUUUGGGGAGCGCAUCGAUGCCUCGCCCUAUAACUUCUCCUUCAGCAAGAAUGAGGACUGUGUCAAGGUCUGUGAGAAGACCUAUGACCCCAAGGUCAAAGAGCAAGAGGAGAAGUUGACCUUUCUGCGAAAGGCCAUCAUGCUCAACUACCAGCAGCACUGGAUUAUUGACAACAUGCCAGUGACCUGGUGCUACACAGUGGAAGGAGACCAGAAGUAUUGCUCCCCUGGAUUCCCUGUUGGUUGCUAUGUCGACAAACAGGGCAUCCGUAAAGAUGCCUGCGUCAUUGAUACAAACUAUGACCAGAAGGAUACCUACUACCUGUUCAAUCACAUCAACUUUACUAUCAUGUACCAUCGCAUGUCAGAGAACGAAGACCUCGCUCGCAUUGUCUCCAUCAAAGUUGAGCCCCACAGUAUCAACCACAAGAAGACUGGUGGUAAAUGCCUGACCGGUGUGAGUGAGAAUCCAGUCUCUGCUCCCAUGGCCAUCCCUGCUGAAAUCAAGGAACCCAUCUCCAUCAGCUACACCUAUAAAGUGGAAUAUGAGCUCAAUACGCAGAUACGAUGGGCAUCCAGAUGGGAUUACAUCUUGGAAUCCAUGCCACACUCCAGCAUCCAGUGGUUCAGUAUCAUGAACUCCUUAGUGAUUGUGCUGUUCCUCUCUGGUAUGGUGGCUAUGAUCAUGCUGCGUACACUGCACAAGGAUAUCGCUCGUUACAACCAAAUGGACACGGAGGAGGCACAGGAGGAGUUUGGUUGGAAGUUGGUGCACGGUGACGUCUUCAGAGCACCACGCAAGGGCAUGCUGCUGUCUGUGCUGCUGGGAUCGGGGGCACAGAUCUUCUGCAUGAUCUUCAUCACAUUGGUGUUUGCUUGCUUGGGGUUCCUGUCUCCAGCCAACCGUGGUUCCCUCAUGACGUGUGUCAUUGUCCUCUUUGUUAGCCUGGGCACGCCGGCUGGCUACAUCUCAGCCAGAAUGUACAAGACCUUCGGCGGUGAGAAGUGGAAGUCCAACCUUCUCCUGACCUGUUUCCUGAUUCCUAGCAUCAUCUUUGCCAUCUUCUUCAUCUUGAACAUCAUUCUCUGGACCAAGCACAGCUCGGCAGCCAUUCCCUUCUCCACGCUAGUAGCCCUGCUGGCCUUGUGGUUUGGGAUAUCUGUGCCCCUCGUGUUUCUGGGCGCUUACUUUGGCUUCAAGAAGAGGCCAAUUGAGUACCCGGUACGCACCAAUCAGAUUCCUCGUCAGAUACCGGAGCAGUCCUUGUACACCCGCCCUCUUCCUGGCAUUGUCAUGGGCGGGGUCUUGCCAUUUGGUUGUAUAUUCAUCCAGCUUUUCUUCAUCCUCAACAGCAUCUGGUCCCAUCAGUUCUACUACAUGUUUGGCUUCUUGUUCUUCGUUGCUAUUAUUCUGGUCAUCACUUGUUCCGAGGCCACUGUUCUGCUGUGCUAUUUCCACCUGUGUGCUGAGGACUAUCACUGGUGGUGGCGCUCUUUCCUGACGAGCGGCUUCACUGCCGUCUACCUCUUCAUCUACUGCCUGCAUUACUUUGUGUCCAAGUUGACGAUCCAGGGCACAGCCAGCACAGUCUUGUACUUUGGCUACACCUCCAUCAUGGUCCUCCUGUUUUUCUUGUUCACCGGAACUGUGGGCUUCUUUUCCUGUUUCUGGUUUGUCACCAAGAUCUACAGCGUUGUUAAAGUGGAUUAAAUCACAGCUGAGUAGCACAAUACGAUAGCAGCAGUCACUGCUCGACAUUUUGACAACGUCAACGUAGUUCAGUUAGUUUUUGUUCUAGUUGACAAGGAAUGCCUUCUCAAUUUGAGGUUAUUAUGAGGCACUAUUUGAAGUAGACUUACUUUUUUUGAGGGGAACAGGUAUAGUGUCACACAGUUUUCUGCGUUUGUUUUUGUUGAAACAAAAGAAUGCAGGCAGGGAACCCGCCAUACUGAAUUUGUAGAAAGUUUGUUAAUAGAUUUAAUUUUUAAUUUUUGUUUUCUCCAAGUUUACACGAAGUUCAGUUUUGUCACAAGGGGUCAGUUUUGAUGGGUUUAUAGCCAACAGUGUGUAUAUGAGUAUGCCUUGCGUUUGAUACAAGUUCGUACAUAAAACAAAUAAGUUGAAUUUAUUUGAUGGUCUCCAUGCAUUGUCUGUCAUCAACAUACACCACUCGGCAGUAAUGCACAGCUUGGAAACAUUUUAGUUUCAAGUACACUGUGAAAUAAAUAUUCAUCACCAUUUGUCCGAACUCAUCUGGGUUAGUUUUUGGAGAUAUUUUGACCUUUUUAAAUACUUCUGAAGUUUUAAAUCAUGCAUUUAGUUUAGGCGUGUACAAUGGAUGUAUAAUUUUUUGUCUUUCUCCUUUAUGGGUUGUACAGUUUAGCAUUUGAUGUUUGAUGUAGUUUUGACAAUUCCAAAUUAAGAGCUGUAAGAGGGAGAAGUGAAACGAUUAUUGUUUCAUAGUUAUGUGAUGGCUUUACAGUUAUUUUACUUGAAGGUGACAGUGAAUUUUGCAAUCAUUUAGAUAUUUUUCUAUUCCACUCGUGGAAUGUGAAACAUAAUUGGUGGGUUAUUUACUUUUUUGAGUCUAACUUCAUAUUUGUGUGUUUCCUGCGGAUUGGGCCUGUGGCUUACUAUCGUCAUAAAUUUACAGAAUUUGCCUUUUAAAAUAGAAUUAAACUUUGUGUGUGCAAACCAAUAUUCUGUGCACGUCCGAGAUGCAAAACCAUUACC